AUGAAAGAAAAAGUCUGUCUUAUAUGUAUUGACGGUUGGGGAAUUUCGUUAGCUGAAGACUCGGAAGGUGAUGCAAUUCGUCAUGCCAAUACGCCGGUAAUGUCCAGGUUUAAAGAAGAAUAUCCCUAUACCACUUUAGAGGCACACGGCCUUUCUGUUGGCUUACCUGAAGGGCUUAUGGGAAAUUCUGAAGUUGGUCACUUGAAUAUUGGUGCUGGUCGCGUCGUUUAUCAGGAUAUUGUAAGAAUUGACUCAUUAGUAAAGCAGAAAAAAUUUAAUGAAGUCGAAAACAUUAUUAAAUGUUUCGAACAUGCAAAAGAGACUAGUGGAAGAAUUCAUUUUCUCGGAUUGGUUUCAGAUGGUGGCGUUCAUAGUCAUAUCAACCAUUUAAUACAUCUUUUAGAGACCGCAAAAAAUUUUGGUAUUCCAAAAGCAUUUGUUCAUUUCUUUGGUGAUGGUCGUGAUACCAAUCCUCGUUCAUCUGAUAAAUAUUUCGAACAACUCCAAAAGGCCAUCGACGAUCUGGAAUAUGGUCAAAUAGCUACUAUCAUUGGAAGAUAUUAUGCCAUGGAUCGAGACAAGAGAUGGGAAAGAAUAAAGAUUGCAGUUGAAGCUUUAACAAAAGGCAUUGGUGAAAAAUCUCAAAAUCCUUUAAACACAAUUCAAGAACGUUUUUCUAAAAACGAAACAGACGAAUUUUUAAAACCGAUAAUAAUCUCCGAGGAUGGAUUAAUCAAAGAUGGUGAUACUCUUUUCUUUUUUAAUUUUCGUGCUGAUCGCAUGCGUCAAAUUGUUCAAACCUUUGGAGUGUCUCCACCUCCAUUUGAAAUCGACGUUCCGAAAGAUCUUCAUGUUACAUCUAUGACUCGAUACAAAGCCGAAUUUCCUUUUCCGGCUGCAUUUCCUCCGCAGGUCAUGGACAAUGUUUUGGCGGAAUGGCUCGCGAAGAAUGAAAUACCUCAAUGUCACGUUGCCGAAACCGAAAAAUAUGCACACGUGACCUUCUUCUUUAAUGGCGGUGUUGAGAAGCAAUUCGAACGCGAACAUCGAGAUCUUAUUGCGUCUCCAAAAGUUGCUACUUAUGACCUCAAGCCCGAAAUGUCUGCUAUCGAAGUUGCUGAAAAAGUUGCAGAAGAGAUAUCUAGUGGAAAAUUCCCAUUUGUCAUGUGCAACUUUGCAAACCCGGACAUGGUUGGACACACUGGAAUAUAUGAAGCAGCAAUAAAAGCCGUUGAAACAACAGAUAGAGCUAUUGGAAUCGUUUAUGAUGCAUGUAAAGAAAAUGGAUAUAUUCUUUUUGUUACCGCUGAUCAUGGUAAUGCAGAAAUGAUGCAAGAUGAUAAGGGAAACCCUCAUACAGCUCACACAUGUAAUCCUGUACCAUUUGUAAUGACCUCCAAAAAUCAUUCAUUUAAGGAUGGGGCCAAAGGAGCUCUAUGCGAUGUGGCUCCUACUAUUCUAGAUGUUAUGGAAUUGGAAAUACCCAAAGAGAUGACUGGAACAUCUUUAUUAAAGAAAUAA